CGCCGGCUGCCGGCAGCAGAGCAGUCCAGAGUGGGUUAACCGGGAGCCGGCGGCCGCCGCGCUGAGGGGAAGAGCGCGAGCCCCGGCGACGCGCGAGCGCUGGGAUGGAGGACGGCGUGGCCGGGCCCCGGCUCGGAGAGGCGGCGGAGGCGGCCGGGGCGCGGGCGCGGCCCGAGGUGACGCUGCGGCCCUUCGCGCCCUUCUCCGGGGCGAACGAGGCCGACGAGGGCGGCGGCGACUGGAGCUUCAUCGACUGCGAGAUGGAGGAGGUAGAUCUGCAGGACCUGCCCAGCGCCACCAUCGCCUGCCACUUGGACCCGCGCGUGUUCGUGGACGGCCUGUGCCGGGACGACGUCUCUGCAUUCUCAAUCUGCACUAUUGGAAGAGAAGCCAGUGUUUGGGCCAAAUUUGAGUCCCUCUUUAGGACAUAUGACAAGGAUAUCACCUUUCAAUAUUUUAAGAGCUUCAAGCGUGUCCGAAUCAACUUCAGCAACCCCUUAUUUGCAGCAGAUGCCAGGCUGCAGCUGCACAAGACUGAGUUUCUGGGGAAAGAAAUGAAGUUAUAUUUUGCUCAGACUUUACACAUAGGAAGCUCACACCUGGCUCCACCCAAUCCAGACAAGCAGUUUCUCAUCUCUCCUCCUGCCUCUCCACCGGUUGGCUGGAAACAAGUGGAAGACGCUACUCCAGUCAUAAACUAUGAUCUUCUAUAUGCUAUCUCCAAGCUGGGCCCAGGUGAGAAGUAUGAAUUGCAUGCAGCGACAGACACCACUCCCAGCGUGGUGGUCCAUGUGUGUGAAAGCGAUCAAGAGAAUGAGGAAGAGGAAGAGAUGGAAAGAAUGAAGAGACGCAAGCCAAAAAUUAUCCAGACGAGAAGGCCGGAGUACACACCUGUCCACUUAAGCUGAACUGGCCUGCGGGUGAAGACGUGUUCUGAAUCAUACUCAAGGAAGGAAUCUUUGUACUGUGCAAGGGGCUGGUCACAACUUUGGAGGUGGCAGCCAUGACCGCUGUGGCGGAAAUUCCAGUUCAUGUUGCUCAGAAGAGAAUCAAGGCUUUGUCUCCUUGUUCUCAUGCUGCACCUCAAACCAUGUCCAUGGCACCCGGCAAUGUCUUGGGCCAUUCACUGAAUUUGUGGUGAUCGCACAGGACAUUUGGGAAUGUCUUGAGAAAACUGAUAACAAUAGUAUUUUGUACUUGUUUUCUGGUAGGUUCUGUUUAUGCCAAGGACGGUUUGAUCAGUGGGUGCAGGGAGAGCUUUCUGUUUCUAACCAGUGUUCAGGGUACUACCCAAACUGGUAGGAAAGGACAUCAUGCAAAGCCGCCAAGAAUCCAGGGCUGAAAGAUGGUGAAAACCCCACAAUGCCAUGUGGAAACUGUAGUGUUUCAUUUCCUCCCUCAUGUUCUGGUGUUUGUGCAUGUAUAUUACUGAUUUUCAAGACUGACCUUUGUAUAUGAAGUUACAUCAUUGUUGUUUUACAGCUUUUGGGAAGCUAGGAAAGCAUUGGAAAUCUGUAUCCCUCUCCAGAUCCCUGACUAUCUUUGCAACAGCACUCACACAAGGAAUUCCACCUGAAAUAUGUUCACCAGCACCUGUCUGGUGCAACAUGUAACUUGUAUUUUUACAAAAGAAGUCGACCUGAAAUUCCUAUGUAGAGUUUAGCUUAUACAAUUCAAAAAAUAGCAGUUUCACUGCCAACUUUUAGUGGGUGAGAAAUUUUAGUUUAGGUGUUUGGGGUCUGACAUCAGUUUCCUUUGUUUCUUUUAUGUAGUGGUUUCUAUACAUGCAUCAUAGCCAAAAACCUGGUUGGGAACUGUUGGUUGAGAUAGUUGGUUUUUCACCCCACUGAAACAUCAAGAUAAACUUGUAAAUAAAGCUGACAGCUUAUAUCCGUACCUGUUUUACACUUGGGUGAAAAACUAGGGCAGUGGAAGAAUAGUAUAAGACAUAUUAACCUACCUGUGAAUUGUGUGUUGUAGAAAAUGCUGUUCCCAUGUUUAACAGGUUUGAAUUCAAAGCAUGUAAAGUGAGUAGUACAUGUGUGUUGACAUGAGAAGGAUGCAGUGCCUUUCCCCACUAAUUCCUGCGGGAAUUGUCACACUAGGUGAACAUUUGUAAUUUUUUUCUAGUUGUAAUGUGUAUGUCUGGUAAAUAGAUAUUAUAUUUUGGCCUUAUAAUACCAUAACAACAAAGUUUGUCAUUUUGAAAUAACUGAUGCCAAGUAACAAUGCAUGCUUUGAAAACCUGGAAGAUGGUUUUCUUUGGGAAGCAGAUAUGUUUGCAUUGAAUGCUUGAUUGUUCCUAACAAGAAAUUGAUUGAAUGUUCUCAAAACCCUGUUUACAGUACUUGGUAGGAGGGAGCCGUCAGGGAGAGACCAUCGCGUAGCUGUUCAAGUGUUUCUAGUUAAGUGCUUUUAAACUGGAGAGGCUAACCUCAAACUAUUUUUUUUAACUGCAUUCUAUAAUAAAUCAGCACAAUAUGCUCU